AUGGCCAUAUCAAAGGAGAGCCAUGACGUGGCCUUUCUACCUCGCGAACUCUUCUGGAUGAUCUUAGGCUAUUUACGGCCAAAGGAACUAGUCCGCUGUCGCCGCGUCUCACGUGCCUGGAACGAAGCCUUUAGCAACCCAGCCAUCCUACUCCCACUCUUAAAGAAACAUUACCCAUGGACAAAAGAAGUCAGAAGCCUCUGCAAAAAUUCAUCCCUUGAUAACCAACACCAAGGUCAUCAUCUUUUCGACCAGGUCGCUUCACGAUAUGAUCACCUAGAACGAGGCAAGCCCCGCUCUAUCCAGAAGUACCGCCUCUGCGAUGACUUUGGCAGCGCUGGAGACCGUGAAUGGUACCAGGUACAGCCAUGGGAGUCACACGCCAGUCAUGUGAGGCGCUUUAUCGACCGUCAAUUUGCUGAGGCUUUAUGGACUUUCGAAGAUGGCCUACUGGUCUACCCCAGCGCCGAUCAUCAGUUCCUCGUGCUCCUAGAUUUGGAAACGGACCGGCAGUUCAUGGUACCCUUUAUUAUCCGUGGCAAGGUGAUUCGUCGAGUGCGUCUGCAGAAGAGGUUGCUCGUCGUUGAGUGGGCUGAGCCGAAAGCCUUUCACUGGUUGAAUGAUAGCGACGGCGUGCAUCGUCACUUCGCAUCCUCCUUUGAUGUGAUGGGGAAUGAAAAGCAAGGGUGGAAUAUUGUCCCACGCAAUGAAUGGAAAAUUAUGUUUUUGGGCCAUCCGCUGAGCGAGCGAGAUCGGUUCUUCUCCUCGCAUAGCAAUACCCACUAUGUGAUUUAUAUAUGGCAGCCAAACCGCAGCUUAUAUACAUCCGAUGAGGAUGCCCCCAUUGAGUCUUUGUCUGUCUGGGACAUAUCGAAAAAAUCAUCAUACCGACCUUCAUUGGAUCCCACCGGACGACUGAAAGACGACUCACCUGAUGACACCCCAUCGAUCGUGGCACGAUUUGGAUUCCGAGACCUGGAGUUCUUCGACAUUCGACAACGAGGCUGUCCAAGCAUUCAACGAUUGGAUAUUACGGAUGAUGCCCGGGCAGUCGAGAUUACGGAAAACGUUUGCAUCCGUCCGGAAGACCAACCACCCGAGCCGUUCGGAUUUCCUCAGCCUAUCACUACAAGCAUUCCUAUAGUAGGAAAUGGGCCUCAUUGGCGCCGGGAUUUUGAGGGGAUUCUACCACCUUAUCGUGGGAACUGCAGCAUGCAGGCAGAAACUAUGAGGUCCGAUGGGUUCAUCAUGAUGGACCCUUGGUAUGGUGUUAUUGCUCAGGUGACUGUACUUGAGCCUGAUCUUGGCUUUUGUCUUCAUUUCGAUCCUUGGACGUGGGUCCAGGAUCAGGUUGUUCGUUUGACUAUCCAGACGCCUCGCUCGAGUGUCACUUGUGAGAAUUGGGAUUUUGUGGGCAGGGGGAGGCUUGCUGGUUGUGAGAAAUAUUUGGUGGGCGAGAAUUGCAAUCGAGAACUAGUGAUUUACCGAUUUGAUAGAUGA